AUGUCUGCUCGACGUGCUUUUCAUGCUGGGUCGUGGUACUCAGAUAACGGUCGUAUCCUGUCAACCCAACUGGAUGGUUUGCUAGCAAAUGUACCGGAUACUCUGGAGCAUGUGGGCUCACUCCCCAUCUCGGGGGCUCGAGUCGUGAUCGCACCACACGCAGGUUAUGCUUACUCGGGUCCCUGUGCAGCCUACGCAUACAAGGCGCUUGAUCUGACCAAGGCUAAACGUAUCUUCAUUUUGGGUCCAUCCCAUCAUCAUUAUCUUACCACGCUGGCCGUCCCACAGGUCAAAUACUACUAUACCCCGCUCUCGGACGAUCCCCUCCCACUAGAUCUAGACGUAAUUGCGCAACUUCAACAGACCAAGUCCAACUUUGCAACCAUGUCACGAUCUGUCGAUGAGGAGGAGCACAGUAUCGAGAUGCAUCUUCCCUACAUCCAUCGCCUCCUCCAAUUACAAUACCCGGACACCCCGACAGCCGAAUACCCACCGCUGGUCCCAAUAAUGGUCGGCAACACCUCAGCCUCAACGGAAAAGGCUGCCGGUGCCAUCUUAGCCCCGUAUCUCGCUGAUCCCGAGAAUGUUUUUGUGGUUAGUUCCGACUUCUGUCACUGGGGCCUGCGAUUCCGUUACACAUACUACGUCCCCCAAGCCCCGACUCCUGGGCCUGAACUGCCGUUAUCCAGCGAUGGGCUUCCCCAGCCAGGACAAGCGGAAGAUCAAAUUACGGAGACCAUUUCUUCUGUCUGCGCAGGUCAUGAGUUGCGGCGUGGGGAACGUACCUCGAGAAAUGAGCCUGCUAUCCACGAGAGUAUCUCGGCUUUUGACCUCGCGACCAUGUCAGCUAUUACGACCGGAUCGGCCAAGACCUUCUUGGAUACUAUUGAGCGCACUGGAAAUACCGUUUGUGGUCGUCACCCCAUAUGUGUUAUUAUGGCUGCUCUAGAGGUUAUCAACGCCACCCGGUCGGAAGAGGCGCAAAGCCUCUUCCAUUUCCUGAGGUAUGAGCGUAGCACUGAUGCAGUAGAUGUCAGCGAUAGCUCUGUGAGUUAUGUGUCUGCCGUUGCAGCCCUUUAG